GCCUGUUAGUUACCGCCCACAAAGUUACUCCGCCAGGUGACAGCUGAACCAGCGGGUAAACCAAUACGGCUGCACUGAACGCAACAUAACAGGCAACACAACGAUAUCCGAUAGCGUCAAAUCAAAGUGGAGCACACACAGACUGUUGCUCAGCUGUUGCGUUUGCUUUCGCUUUUUUUUCCCAUUUAACCUAAGUAAUUUGAAAGCCUCUUCCACUGGCUUGCGGAGUAGCCUGGUAGCAUCGCGAGGAUAUUAACGUUAGCGUGUGACGCUACUACAAGAGAAGGCUCAGCGCUUGUUGUAUUUCUGGACAAGUAACGUUAGACAGCUACAGUAAAGAUGUCAGACCCGGCCGGGGAGGCGAAGCUGGAGGUGAAACAGGCUAGCAAAGAGGUGAAAGAGAGCGAAAACGUAGCGGAGAAAUAUUCAGCCAUGACUGUGAGCAAGAACAGCGAAAUGAACAUGGGAGAGCUGUCGUCCGCCUUCAGCGCUGUGCCCACUCACAAGCCAGUCAAAAAGCAAAUCCAGUUUGUGGAGGACAAGCAGGAGUUCAGCAGGUUCCCCACGAAGACGGGCCGUCGCUCCCUGUCCCGCUCCAUCUCUCAGUCAUCCACAGACAGCUACAGCUCUGCUGCGUCCUACACGGACAGCUCUGACGAUGAGACCUCGCCACGGGACAAAACCCAGGUCAAUUCCAAGGGCAGCACUGACUUCUGUGUCAAGAACAUCAAACAGGCUGAGUUUGGCAGACGUGAGAUUGAGAUCGCAGAACAAGAUAUGUCAGCGCUGAUCUCACUCAGGAAGAGAGCGCAGAGUGAGAAACCGUUGGCAGGUGCCAAAAUUGUGGGCUGCACUCACAUCACUGCCCAGACUGCAGUUCUGAUCGAGACUCUGGUGGCUCUGGGGGCCCAGUGCCGUUGGACUGCAUGUAACAUAUACUCGACACAGAAUGAAGUGGCUGCUGCUCUGUCAGAGGCCGGUGUGGCUGUGUUUGCCUGGAAAGGGGAGUCUGAGGAUGAUUUCUGGUGGUGUAUUGACCGCUGCAUCAACACUGAGGGUUGGCAGCCGAACAUGAUUCUCGAUGACGGAGGAGACUUGACUCACUGGAUGUACAAGAAAUACCCUAAUGUGUUCAAAAAGAUCAGGGGCAUUGUAGAGGAGAGUGUCACUGGGGUUCACAGAUUGUAUCAGCUGUCGAAAGCUGGAAAACUGUGCGUGCCUGCAAUGAAUGUAAAUGACUCUGUGACAAAGCAGAAGUUUGACAACCUGUACUGCUGCAGAGAGUCAAUCCUGGACGGCUUGAAGAGGACCACAGACGUCAUGUUCGGAGGCAAACAGGUGGUCGUGUGUGGGUACGGUGAGGUUGGGAAAGGUUGUUGUGCUGCUCUGAAAGCCCUCGGAGCCAUCGUCUAUGUUACAGAGAUCGAUCCCAUCUGUGGGCUGCAGGCCUGCAUGGACGGGUUCAGGGUGGUCAAGCUGAAUGAGGUCAUCCGCCAGGUUGACGUCAUCAUCACAUGCACAGGGAAUAAGAAUGUGGUGACCAGAGACCAGCUGGACCGGAUGAAAAAUGGUUCCAUUGUCUGCAACAUGGGCCACUCCAACACUGAGAUUGAUGUGGCAAGCCUUCGUACCCCUGAGCUGACCUGGGAGAGAGUGCGCUCUCAGGUGGAUCACGUCAUUUGGCCUGAUGGCAAGAGGGUUAUCCUUCUGGCUGAGGGACGUCUCCUUAACCUCAGCUGCUCCACCGUCCCUACCUUUGUCCUGUCCAUCACAGCCACCACUCAGGCCCUGGCCCUUAUAGAGUUGUACAACGCUCCUGAGGGUCGAUACAAGCAGGAUGUUUACUUGCUUCCCAAGAAGAUGGAUGAAUAUGUCGCCAGUCUGCAUCUGGCCACUUUUGAGGCCCACCUGACGGAGCUUUCUGAUGAGCAGGCAAAAUACCUGGGCCUGAAUAAGAACGGCCCUUUUAAACCCAACUACUACAGGUAUUAAUCUGCAGGGGAUCCACACCUCAGCACAGCUAAAUGUGGAUGGUAACUACAUCACUCAUCCCGAAGACAAGACAAAGAUUCAUGUAUAUUAUAUUUUCUACUCCUCACAGGAUGCAUAGCAUGUAUUGAGUUGUAUUUUUCUGGCCACAGGAAGUUUCUCUUGUCUUGCCCCCUCCUACAGAACCUCACAUGGCACCCAGCUGGCUAUGAGAAGUCAGUGUAACCACAGCACUUCUAUCUGUUUUCUGAUCCCUUCUGUCUCCUUGACUAUUUUCAAGUUAUGAUAUAUAUUGAAUAAUGUAUCAAAAAUAUUGUGCCAAAUGACUAUGAUGGGGAAGGGUUAUAGUUGAUAGUGAUAAUUUUGGGUUUAAGAGCUGUAUCAAAUUCGUUCAUGCAAUGCCGAAGCCAACUGAGCUUUUUUAGCCGCUGUCAGCUCCUGCUGGCUCGCUUAUUAUCCUACUAUGUAAAAACAUUGGCAGCCAUUUUCAGGAAAAAAAAAAGAAAAGCUUAGACAAGCCUGACAUUAUGCACCGUGAAAUGGAGUCGAUUUAAACUCCUUUACUGAUGAUAAAAGUCAAGCUUCAAAUGUGUUUCUCAGGAGUCAGUGGAUCAGAUCAGAGCUAAAACGCCAGUGAAAUCUGGACUUUGUUUAUCAGGUGGCCCGAAACUGGGCUCAGCAGUUAGAUGUUGCUGUGUGUCUGCUGGGUGUUUAAGUAGGCAAUUGUUUGCUUACAAAUGAGCCAUAACAACUUAAUAAUCUGAUUGUAAAUCAGGACUGUGUUUCCUUGAGUUUCUUUGUGCUCCGAAAUGGCUUCACGCAGCUUUAACGUUUUGUCCUCCGUUGACGCGUCAGCACUCAGUUACUUCAUACAUUCCAUUCAAAAGAUACAGAAGAAAUGUUCUCUGUAGUUUCAUCUGCAUAACUGCUGACCUUCAGCAGAUAUGGCCGUAAAAAGGAGCUUCAGUCCUUUUUGAAAUGUAAACAUAAUAAGGGAGCUUGGCAUGUAUUUUCUUGGAAAGAUUUGAGUUGGUGUCUGGUAAGAAUAGGAUCUGCACCAAGUCAUUCAAAUAUCUCAAAUUAUGUGUAAUUUGUUUGUUUUUUUUUUUUAAAUCAGAUCAGCAGACUUUGACCUAUGAUAAGAAGAAAAAGUCAUCAACAUUUAUUCUCACACGGACUACAUUUUGAACAGUGUUACAUUCAGUAUGUUUAUGCUGUAUAUGCAACAGCUUCUGAUCAGCUGAUCUCAUAGUGGUGUUUGCUGAAGCACAACAUUGAGUUUAUUGUUAGAUUUGUCACGGGACUCUGAUCUCGUGUUAACUCGCUCAUGCUUUUUUCUAUUGUAGAUUUUACCAAUAGAAAAGUAAAUGUGAAUAUCCAAAUGCUCUGGGCCUAAAACAUGAAUAAGCUUUUUUUGUCAGCUCAUUUUACCCAGACAGUAGUGUCAGCUUUACCUUCCGUGUUAUCUUGUGGUACUGCAUUAUCUCAGCCAUUCUAAUAACACAAUGUUUUAUUUUGUUUACAGUAUUCAUUGUUCACAAGGCUUAAUAACUGUUUUGUGAGCCUUGUUGAAUGCACAAACUUAUUAUGCCAUAUAUAUACAUAUAUAUAUAUAUUUACAUUUACCUAUAUUCACUUGUAAUAUUUUUAAUUGGUGGGCACAUUAAAAGAUUUAGUUGAGUGAUUUUCUUUUACAUUAAUUAAACUAUAUAAUGUGCAGGUAGUAGUUGCAUCUUACUGAACUUAAACAAUUUCAACAUGCAAUUUUUUUACGGUGGUGGUCUGUGGGAUGAUUUUUCUCCAGUUAUUUUUGUCUGUCCCUUUUUGCCAUCUUGUUGAACUGUUGCAUUUAUUUACUCUUUAUCUUGUUGCAUCACCCUUCACACAACUUAAUCCUCACAGUUACAGGUAAUUCCCGUAUGUAAUUUUUGCAGUAACGUCUUUUAUUUUGUAAUUUUUUUCCCCCCCUGUACUCAUACUGUUUAUUUGUGUAGUUGUCUAUGCUAAUAUGAAGUGCUUUCAUCUUUGCACUAGCAGCUUUAAGGACAUUAGAGCCACAGACAUUCGUUGAGGACGUCAUUGUCAGCAGGAUGAGCGCUGUAACCAUGCUGGUCAGUUGACAGUGCCUUGUGACUCAUUUAGUAAUUCAUGUUCACAUUUAUAUCUGCGUUUUUUCCUCUAAGUAUGGUAAUGCUCAACAUGGUUGUUUAUUCUACAAUAUACAGUUAGAGCUAUGCAGCAAAACAUGCUCAGUUUUCUUCUGUCAAAAGUAUUUUGUUUCUGUAGUGGCAACAAGUUGUUAUGUCAGUGUUGCACAUCACUCAAAAAAUAUGCAUUUCUAUAAGAUGGCUAACAGUUUAAGACACAGGUGGGCAACAUUUUACAUUGUGUUACACCCGCAGUAUCUGCAAUCUUAUUGCAAUCAACCAUUUAAACAUUACUUACUGUGGUCUUUUCGUAAUAGCACUUGAAAAAAAUGCCUUUUAUAAUGAAUUCCUUUUGUUUGAACUAAUAACUAAUAACAGCCAUUUUACCCCAGUUUUAACUCUGUAAUAGAGACAAAUGAAUGUUAUUACUGGAGCAAACAGCUUGACUCUUGUCAAGUUGAGAUACAUAAGCAUACCACUGUGAUUUGACAGCUGUACACUGUUGCUGGAAUGAAGUUCUGUAAAUCAUAUAUUAGUUAUAAAGUAUGCCUAUAUUUUCAUCUGUAGUUUAGUUUGGAAAAUGCAAUUUCAGCAGUAUACACCCUGUUAGGUUUUCCUGUACACACCUUUAAUAAACUGCUGUUUGAAUUUGAAA